CGUUAAGCACUUUACGCGUCUGAAAAAAGGAGACGCGACCCGUCACCCAGCCAAUCCCUUCGAGGCCCCUCAUCUUCACCACCAAUUUCCCAACGUCAACAGUAGCAAAAGACAAGGGUCAAGCCAAAUCACUUCUUUUAGCUUCUCUGGCAUAAACGUACAAAGAUCACCCAAACGAAAAUGUCGUCGCCUACGAAAAGGUCGACACGCAGCUCAGCGACUCCUCGUCGUGCUGCUGGCAAUUCGGAGACGCCCCGUCAAGGAAACUCUCAGCUCGAUGCCCCUUCGAGUCCCCUCUUCUAUCAGUCUUCGUCACCAGGACCAAGCAAUCAGAAUAACCUCCCCGGAGAUGUGUCUUCGCCAUUGGGGCAGAUGACGAACAGUCAGAGCACUCGCGGUCGUAGCGAUGUCCCCAACUCCCCCCUGCGACAGAUGACAGAUACUCGAAGCGAUCUGGAUCCUGAAAGAACACCUCGAGCAAACCCAACCACACCAGCCUAUCAUGGAGGAUCUUCACCUAUCCGCUACGAACCUAGCUCCAGCCCUGGCAGAUCACUGCGACAACAGUCUGAGCUUCGAAGUGAGGGUAGUGGCUUGUUCUUGGGUUCUCAACUUGGCACACCGGCACCUCACCGCAGAGGCGAUAUCAACUCCGAUGCGACUCGAACACCCCGUGCUGCUCGACGAGUGAUUCUUGACGAUGCUGGCCGUGUAGUUCGUGAGGGCCCCGCUGAUGGAUCCGACGCCGCCUCAUUUGCGAACAGGGAUCCCAAUACAUCAGAGGCCGAUGUUCUUGGUGGACAGGGACAAAGUCUUAUUUGGGGUACAACCGUCUCUAUCGACGAUACCUUCGCAUCGUUCAAGGAAUUCCUUCGCAACUUUACACAGAAGUAUCGGAUGUACCGCGAUGGUGCGUCAGAUGAAGACGUUCAAAACGCUCCUGAUGCAGAGUCAAAGCCAUAUUGGGAGGCUCUGGAGAACAUGUUGCUUUUGGGAACAACACGACUUUACCUUGAUAUCUCUGACCUGAAUCUAUAUCCACCAACCCGAAAGCUAUGGCAUCAAAUUCAAGCCUACCCCCAGGAAAUCGUGCCUGUCAUGGAUCAGUCCGUUCAUGACAUGAUGGUUGAGAUUGCACGGGCAGAGACUUUGAGAAAUCGUCAAUCGCAGAGCAGCGCUGGCCACCAAGCUUCCCAGCAGAGCACUCAGAGCUCUGAACCUGUCUUCCCCAGCUCAGAUAGACCCGAGGAGGCGCCUACACCCCGGACACAACCAGAUCAACAACAGCAAGCUUCGCUGGAGGAUCAAGUAGCUUCAUCUAUUUAUGUGGUUCGACCAUUUGGUCUGGACAAGACCACCAACCUGAGAGAUCUGAACCCCUCCGAUAUGGACCGCUUGAUUAGCAUCAAGGGUCUCGUUAUCCGAACAACCCCCGUUAUUCCCGAUAUGAAAGAUGCCUUCUUUCGUUGCAAUGUUUGCAACCACUCUGUCAAUGUUGGCUUGGAUCGUGGCAAAAUUCGCGAGCCUACCGAGUGUCCUCGUGAGAUUUGCAAGUCCAAGAACUCCAUGUUGAUCGUGCACAACAGAUGUUCCUUCGAGGACAAGCAAGUUAUUAAGCUUCAGGAGACACCCGAUGCUGUGCCUGCUGGUCAGACGCCUCAUUCAGUGUCAGUCUGCGUUUACAACGAGCUGGUCGACUUUUGCAAGGCUGGUGACCGUGUGGAGUUGACAGGUAUCUUCCGUGUCAGCCCUGUUCGUGUUAACCCCCGCCAGCGUGCUCUCAAGAGUGUACACAAGACAUAUGUUGAUGUUCUUCACAUCCAAAAGGUCGAUAAGAAGCGCAUGGGUGCUGACCCAUCCACGCUCGGUAUCGCUGGUGAGGAGGAAGCCGAAGCCGGAGAAAACGGCAUCGAAGAGACACGAAAGAUCACGAUUGAGGACGAAGAGAAGAUCCGGGAGACAGCCGCCCGCGACGAUAUCUACGAGCUUCUUGCUCGUUCCCUAGCUCCCUCGAUCUACGAAAUGGACGAUGUCAAGAAGGGUAUCCUGCUACAACUCUUUGGGGGCACCAACAAGACGUUUCAAAAGGGUGGUAGCCCCAAGUAUCGAGGUGACAUUAAUGUCCUCCUCUGUGGUGACCCAUCGACAGCCAAGUCGCAGAUGCUUUCAUACGUUCACAAGAUUGCCCCCCGCGGCGUUUACACGAGUGGUAAGGGAUCCUCAGCUGUCGGUUUAACUGCAUACGUUACUCGCGACCCAGAAACAAGACAGCUUGUCCUCGAAUCUGGAGCCCUGGUCUUGUCAGACGGUGGUGUCUGCUGUAUCGAUGAGUUUGAUAAGAUGUCAGAUGCUACGCGCUCCGUACUCCACGAAGUGAUGGAGCAGCAGACUGUCUCAGUCGCCAAAGCCGGUAUUAUCACCACUCUCAAUGCACGAACCAGUAUUCUCGCCUCCGCAAACCCUAUCGGCAGUCGUUACAAUCCCGACCUUCCUGUUCCUCAAAAUAUUGACCUUCCUCCUACACUCCUCUCGCGAUUUGAUCUCGUGUACCUCAUCCUGGACAAUGCCGACGAGAAGAAUGACCGACGCUUGGCCAAGCAUCUUUUAUCGCUCUAUCUUGAGGAUAAACCCCAAUCCGCUCCCAACAGUAAUGAUAUUCUACCAGUCGAGUUCCUCACUCUCUACAUUUCUUAUGCGAGAUCCAAGAUUCAACCUACUAUCUCACAAGAAGCCGCCCAGGAGCUGGUCGACUGCUAUGUUGCGAUGCGCUCCCUUGGACAAGAUGUCCGCGCCGCUGAUAAGCGUAUCACUGCCACUACCCGUCAGCUUGAGAGUAUGAUUCGUCUCUCCGAAGCUCACGCCAAGAUGCGCCUUUCUGAGACUGUCACUCGUGACGAUGUUCGCGAGGCCAAUCGUCUUAUCCAGAGCGCCUUGAAGACGGCCGCCACAGAUGCCCAGGGACGUAUCGACAUGAGUCUCCUCACGGAGGGAACAAGUGCUGCUGAUCGCAAGCGUCGCGAUGAGCUACGUACUGCUCUUCUACGCCUCUUGGAUGACAUGACAGCCGGUGGCAACACCGUGCGUUGGGCCGACGUUGCUCGCCGACUGAGUGAGGGCGCCAGCGUUCCUGUCGAACAAUCCGAAUUCAACGACGUGAUGAGGGCUCUUGAGGCGGAGAACGCCAUCAUGAUCACAGGCGAAGGAGCAAGAAGGACCAUCCGCAGAGUGACCUCUGUUGCAUAAAAGUAAUAAGUAUGGAGAGCUCAAUUGAUGCUGAAUGAUUUACCAUGUAGAUGAGUUGAUGAGGUUUACUCGGGUCAAAGGUUGUAUGAUGACGAACCUCCUGGCUG